ACAAGCAAGCGGACAGGCAGGCAGCAGGCAGCGAGCAGGCAGGGUACCGCGAACAAAUCGCGCGUUCUCGUCGUCGUUCAGUUGGGUAGGCGCGUUUGUACGGCGUCGGUCUUCGGGAUAUCGUAUACGCGUGUUUGUGCUCGAUUUGUCGUCCAGCGAGGUAUUCGUUGUUCUAGGUGCGCAAGUGUGUCGUGUGUUUUGUUUCCUUGGAUAGAGAAGGAGCCAAAGGGAUCGUGAGAGCCAUGUGCGUUGGUGAUGUACUUUGGUGACUGUUGAAACUUGGGUGAUCGUUACGGGGAAAAUAGUUUGCAUCGGUGAACACGAAGAGAACGACGAGAAGAAAGACGAGAACGUGCUCGCCGCGGCCGGUUAUCCAGCCGAAAAGGCGAAAGCCGGUGCAGAGGAAGGAAGAAAAGAAACAUGUCGCGAGAGCAACCUGGAGGAUCCAUCGUACGGGCCUGGGCGAGGCCUCGGCGUCUUUUAUUGUGGUGUUUGCUGCUCUGUGGAACGCUAGGAAGUGCAACGAGAUUGAGGCAUUCGAGACACCUAGACGCGAGAUCGCAGUCCUCGACUGACGAGGAAUUAACGAUGCAGCAAAACGAAAAUCACAAUCACAAGCCAGUGUUUUUGAAUUGCUCAAAAUACGCGCCGAUCGUGAAAGAGGAGGAACCUGCAGGUACCGUGGUAAUUCAAGUGCACGCCGAGGACAGGGAUCAUCCGGACGACGGAGGUACGAUCACGUACAGCUUCGUAACGGCCCCUGGCGAAAAACUGAAAUUCGAGAUCAACAACAGAACUGGAUUGAUCAGGACGACACAGGUGCUGGACAGGGACGAGCCUGCUCGAGAGAAGGAAGCCUACUUGACCGUUUUCGCAACGGACAACGGAAGACCGCAACUCGACGACGUGUGCACGUUCAAAGUUACUAUCGAGGACGUGAACGACAAUUCGCCAGUUUUCGACAAAGUGGCGUACACAGAGUCCGUGCCGCAAGACUUACCUCUGGGCCACGAGGUGAUGAGAGUCUCCGCCACCGACAUCGACGACGGCAACAAUUCCGUCGUCUACUACAGCUUGUCGCCGAAGAGGCCGGAGGACGGAGUCUACUUUCGAAUAGAUCGCAACACCGGCGUGAUAUUUCUCGAGAGAACCAUCGACAGGAAUCCUGACUACAAGUUCAGCAUGACGGCAACGGCCGAAGACCAGGGCGAGAUUCCAAAAUCAAGCGUGAUCGAUCUGGACAUUCGGGUGGUGGAAUCUCACAAAAAGGCUCCAGCCUUUUUACCGAGAUCCGCGGAACCGAUUCGACUGCCCGAGAAUUUCAACGACUUCGAACAGAGCAUAGUGCGAUUGACGGCCAUCUCGAACAGCGGGGACAACACCGGCCUCCUUUUCGAGCUCGUCACCGGUAAAACGGAGCAGACAAACAAAGGAAACACUUUCAGGUUGGAAUCAACCAAGAACGUUGCAGACAUCAAGCUCGCUCAUGCUCUCGACUACGAGAGCAACACGAUGUACACGUUGAUCGUGCGAGUCCAGAAUAAGUACCAGUUGGCUGCCGAAACCUUGAUCGACAUCGAGGUGCUGGACGUGAACGACAACAUCCCAGUGUUUCGCGAAAUGACGAAAGGUAGCGUGCUCGAGAACGAACCGCCGGGAGUGCCGGUGAUGCAAGUGCGAGCGAUCGACGCCGAUGGGACUUCAGCGCACAAUCAGGUUACCUACGAGCUGGUAGACAACUUUCGCGAUCGGUUCGCCAUCGACAAGUACACCGGCAAAAUCACCACUUUGACCAAGUUCGACAGAGAAGAAGAGGACACGUACAACGUGAAGAUCAUCGCCGUAGACAAUUCGCCGAGUGCUCUGUUCAAAACCGGCGAGCACAACAAGGGACAGCAAGUGUUUCGAAUCGAGAUAGCGGACAAGAACGACAACGCUCCUCAUUUCACUCAAGCUGUCUACACGGCCAACUCGAUCCUCGAGGACGCCAACAUCAACGCUCCGGUCACCGAGGUGAAAGCUCUCGAUUCGGACACGGCCAGUCCGGUCACCUACAGCAUCAUAUACGGAAACACCGACGACAGCUUUUACAUCGAGGGCACCACAGGCAAGAUUCGCGUGAAGAAGCCUCUGGACUACGAGAAGAUCACGGAAUACAGCUUGACCGUCAAGGCCUUCGACGGCUUGUACAACGACACGGCUCAAGUCAAGAUCUUCAUCGAAAACGUCAACGACAAUCCACCCGUCUUCGAGGAUUUCAAUAAAAAUCCGACCAUCGAGGAGGAGAAGUUGGUCGAAGGCUGCAUCACCACAGUGGUCGCCUACGAUCCCGAUAUAAAGGAUAGGAACGCCGAUCAGCACAUCACGUACUCCAUCGUGAAAGAAGAUCAGCAACCUCUGAUAGGAAUCGAUAAAACUGGUUGCAUGACGUUGAAGAAACCCUUGGAUCGAGACUCACCGUUGGGUUAUUCGAUGUGGACCGUGAUAGUGAUGGCGCGGGACGAGAAUGGAUCCCCGACCGCAUUGCGGGAGACGGUCAUGGUGAACAUCACGUUGAUCGAUAUAAACGAUAACGCGCCGUUCCUUGAUAUGCAGAAUCCGGUAGUGUGGGACGAAAACGAACCACCGGGAAAGAUCACGGAUCUGAAGGCCCGAGACUACGAUUCAGACGUGAACGGUCCGCCGUUUCAAUUCGAGAUCGACCAAGUCACCGCGGACCAAGUGAUCUUGGCCAAGUUUUCGAUUCGCGACGCCGAAUUGUACGCAAACGUCGAAUUCGACAGAGAGAAACGAAAAAAUUACAACAUUCCUAUAGCGAUCACGGACAGCGGACAACCACCGAUGACCGGCACAUCGACGCUGACCGUGAUCAUCGGCGACAAAAACGACAAUCCGAUGUCAGAGGGCUCGAGUUCCAUAUUCGUCUACAACUAUAAAGGCGACGCGCCCAACACGGAAAUCGGACGAGUGUACGUCAACGACCCCGACGACUGGGACUUGAACGAUAAACACUUUGCCUGGGCCUCGUCGCACGACGGCUUUCACUUGAAUUCAGACAACGGCAUGAUCUCUUUACUCUCGGGUACUUCGAACGACACUUUCGUUCUCAAGUUCCUCGUCACCGAGCACAACGAUAUAUACAUUCCUCGGCACCAGGUGAACGCCUACGUAAACGUUACCGUGAAGGAGCUGCCCGAAGAAGCGGUAGCCAGGUCUGGUUCCGUACGACUUUUCGGAAUAAGCGCCGAGAAAUUUGUCGAGCCCGACGAGUUGGGUAUCAGCAAGAAGGAGAUAUUUCAAGAGAGGAUCGCGAACAUGUUGAACGCGUCGGUGGAGAACGUUGACGUGUUCACGGUGCUUCACUCUCCUCAUCACAACAACAAAAGCUUGCUAGACGUUCGAUUCUCGGCCCAUGGUAGUCCCUAUUACGCUCCCGAGAAGUUGAACACGAUUCUCGCGGAACACGUGAAAGAAAUGGAGCAGGAGCUCAAAACGGACAUUUUGCUAGUGAACAUCGACGAGUGUCUGUUCGAGAAACAGCACUGCAACGACUCCUGCCGCAGUUACUUGAACGUCAGCACGGUUCCGUACCCAGUCUAUACCAACACUAGCUCGUUCGUUGGCGUACGAGCGGUCGUUGAUCCGCAGUGCACCUGCCACGUGGCCGAGCCAAUCGUUUGUUUGAACGGAGGCACUCCACUAGCGGAGCGUUGCGAAUGCCCGCCCGAUUUCGAAGGACCGAGGUGCGAACUGCUGGGCAUCGGCUUCCAGGGUGACGGAUGGGCCAUCAUGCCCCCGCCUGGUCAAGCUUGCGGCGACUCUCAUUUGAGUCUGGAAAUAAUUCCCCAAAUCGACGACGGCCUGGUGUUUUACUUCGGUCCGAUGAUCUACAGUCCCAAACUUGGAGUUCAAGACUUUAUGUCUUUGGAACUUCAAAAAGGAUACGCGGUUGUUUACAUGGAUUAUGGAACGGGCACUACGCGACUCGAUCAGAAGCAAAUCAAACUCACCGACGGCAAAAGUCACAGGAUCGACGUUUACUGGACGAAGAACUCGAUCGAGAUGAAAGUGGAUAACUGCGGCAUAUCGGCUUGCAUGAGUCUAACCGCGCCCCAAGGCUCGAACGAAUUCUUGAACGUCAACAGUCCGAUUCAGGUCGGAGGGAGCAUGAUCAAUUUUGCCCAGCUUGCCUCGCAGCUGAAAUGGGACUUUACACCUACCAAUAAAGGAUUCGUCGGUUGCAUACGCAACAUAACCUUCAAUGGAAAUACGUAUAAUUUGGGAAUGCCCUCGUUAUCGAGAAACGCGGAUCCAGGUUGCGAUCACCGAAUGGCAAAGGCCGUUUCCUUCGGAAUCGAUACGAACUUUCUAGUCGCGAUACUGGUGUGCGUGGCCAUCUUGUUGAUACUGUUGCUGGCGGUGGUGGUGCACAGGCGAAAAACGGACGACCUUUACAAGGACAUGGACGAUAUCAGAGAAAAUAUUAUCAAUUACGAGGACGAAGGAGGCGGCGAGGUUGACACGGGUUACGACUUGAACGUUCUAAGAACUAUUUACGACGCUCCGCCCAUCGACUCGAAAAUAGCGCCGGUUGGUUUGCAGGGAAGAGCACCGGACGAAGUUCCAGACAUUUGCGGUUUCUUGGACGGCAAGAAGGAAAGCUGCGACAAGGAUCCCGACACGAAUCCCUUCGACGACGUCAGGCACUACGCGUACGAGGGCGAAGGCAACUCCGAGGGUUCCUUAUCGUCCUUAGCCUCGUGUACCGACGACGGAGAUCUCAAGUUUAACUACCUUUCGAAUUUCGGGCCAAGGUUCCGAAAGUUAGCGGACAUGUACGGAGAAGAGCCCAGCGACGAAGAGAGCGACGGUGUCGGCGAACGGGAGAGCGAGAGCUGGUGUUGAGUCUCGAGAGCGGUCAAAUUUUCACGAAAAAUUAUUCGCGAGUUUCUCUCAUUUUGUACUUAACCGACGCGAGGACUUUCUUUGCGUUCUCUCGUCACCGUAACUCGAUCAGCUGAACGCAAUCGGAGACAACGGGGGGACGUUGCGCCUUCGAUGCUCUUUCCCCUCCACCAGUUUUACAUCGCACGGAUGCCAAAGCGGCAAAAACAAACUGGACAAGUAUUUUGCCGACAACGACGAUUCAUUCCCACGCGGUCGACGCGAACGAAUAUUGCGUGUUUCGUUCGAACAGACCGCGGUAACGGAAUCGUCGCGUAUUAUUUUACUCGCGGAGACUGACGAUUCUCGUUCCAACGAGCGAGAAAUCAAAUUUACGCUACUCUUGGAGGCGGUUCCUUCGUCUCGCGCGACGUCGCGACUAGGAAUCGAUAGAAGCCGAUUAGAGGAUUAGGGUAAACGACGAAACGAGCGAUAAUAUAUUUUCUUCAUUCGCGGCUCGUAUCAAAGCAGAAAAGGAAUACGCUAUCUUAUAUUUUAUUAUUUCAUCAUCGAAAUCGCCGGACAACGAUGAAAGGUUAUGCGCGACGUGUACUAAAAUCGAUGGCCCCGAUUUCGAUGAAAUAACAUUUUUUUUUUUUGGCGAGCACUGUACGAGCCCGCAACCUGGACCUUCGAUUUGAGCGCAUCCUGUAUAUCGUUCGCUCAGUGACGCCUCGCCCGAGGAAGACUGCGAUGAUUUAUUAUGCCAGCGAAACGAUAGAUUCUCGGGCGUCAAGUACCGAGUAGUAACAAGAGAGGACGCUACACUUUUAUUUCGACCGUUACUAUAUUUCGCGUGCAUUCCAACGAGGAGCGGAACCACGCGAUGCCAUGCACCAGUGUUGGGGAAAAUUGAAUCAAAGAAACGAUAGACGAUUGAGAUUGAAAUGGAUAAUCGUUAAUUGUUCGCAAUGAUCGACGAUUAAUUUAAUCAUAAUCUUUGCGAGCGGUUAACUCGAAUAGUCGACUGACGUUAAUCGCGAUUAAUUCCGACGAUUGAAUUUUUAAUCGCAUCGCGCAAUCGAUGAUUUAGUUGAGAAGGACUAAUCGAGUAACGCCCGACUCUGUUAUUCUCUCAUCGAUUGCUCGCGAUUUUAUUAUCGGACGUAAUCGCGACAUACGGCUAGAUCUCCGACAGCGAAGGAAUAGACGGACGCGUAUCCUUCCGAGAACGAUACAGCAGCAAUCAAUUUGUAAGUUUGGCAAUCAUUCGAGUUAUGAAGUUUUUCGACUAUUUUUUUAUACGUUACAUUAUAUAAAUAUAAGUAAAUAAAUAUAUACGUAUGUAUAUGUACACAAGCGAGCGCGAGACGCGCCGUACAGGAAAUCUAAAUACGAAUGGAUAUAGAUAUCGAAACAAGAGACGUAUCGAGGAAAUACUAGCGGUGUAAACGCGACGUUUAAUCGCGAUGCACAACAAGGCAAGCGAUUCGAGUGACGGACGUUCGGAACAAAGGCAGCGGGAAAGAAGGAGCGGUUUCGCUCCGUUAUUUAACUUAUAGAAUAUUUUAUUAACUGGAUGUGCGUGAGUGAGAAAUCGUGUACGGAGUGUGCUACUAUCACGUAUAGCAAAUACAGAUAUAGUUAUAAAUAGAAAUACAAAUACAAAUACAAAUAUAUACGUACAUACAGGUAUGCGUAGGUCGAGACGAUUCGCGGUCGUAUUACUGCAAGACGCAGACGCAACGAUCAAUGACGCGCACGCGCGUCUCUCUGUGGCGUGCACGUGUUCCUCGAGGUUUGCGAUUAGCGGCGAGUUACGACUAUUGUAAUAAGAAACAACGAGAAAAAGAGCGACACACACACACACACACACUGUAUUCAAGAGGGUGUCAGACAUUGCGGCCGAUCAGAGACGACUCGAAAACCGAUGAAAGGAGAUCGAGUGCCAUACCAUACAACCGGCGUUGAUUUAUCGUUUUUAGCCUGUAAUCGAUACCUACCGAAUAGUUUUACCGGGAAAAGAUUGCGCACGAAUACACGCGAUACGUUGUUACAUUAUUUGGACUCGAGCAAUUCCGAGACGACGAUCGAUUAUCUGAAACGGAUGUUACCUCGCCUCGGAAGUGCUCGGCCGUCCGUUCUCUUCCAUUCGGCAUGCGUAUCGCGUAAUUUCGUUCGUAGGUCGUAUCGCUCCAUCUCGAAGAACAAUUUCUACGCCUAUAUAUAUAUAUGUAUAUGUAUGUAUACAUAUGUGUAUGUAUAUUCGUGUACCUAUGUACGCGUGCACGCACGUACGUACACGCAUAUAUAUGUGAUAAUAAUUUGUAAGCUUUUUGUACGAUAAAUCAGUGACGAUAUAUAUGUAUAAAUACGUAAACGCAUCGUCCGCGCGUUAGGCGCGUCGAGAGAAACGGGGAGAGAAUAAAAAAAACUAACGUGUAAUUUAUACGAUAAAGAAUGCAGCUUAGACGAAAGCGUGUGAUCUCAGAGGAUAUGUAAACGGGUGGGUGAAUCGUGCGUAUCGAUACACAAAACGAAUGGCUGCCAGCUUCUUUAGACGCUUGCCACGGAGAACAACGACGAACCGCGAGUACCUACGGUCGCGCGGAGAACAUCACCGGCGGUAGAGAUCGGCAAAAUUUAUACAAUUUACAUUUGCGUUUCAUUCCACGAUACGAAUUGAAAUUUCUGUUCAACGGAUAAAUGGUUACUCGUCUUCUAUUCGUUAUUUUGCCCAUCCUCGACCGACGGAAACAUUGUCGAUGUCGAUGCCGCACCCGUCAUAUCAAUGCGCUUUUCAGCGGUUUUGCAGUACAAAAAGAACGUUUCCGUCGAUGAACGUCGCGAGACAAACUCGCCGCGCACCGUGGAAAGCCAACCGAUCGCGACGAAAUCGAAACGACGGAUAGUUUUCGUUCGAGCUUCCUCGAUUCUUACCAUUUCCGUCGAAACACGAACAAACUCCGAUUCGCCGUAGCAUCAGAUUUUCUUUUCUUCCUUCUCGUCUAUAUUUUUCCCCCCUUUCUUUCUUUUAGUUCCGUUUUUUCGAUUUCAACGUGACGAGUUGGCGCGUACGAAAAAAUCACGGCGCUAAAGAGCCGUUCGCGAUAAUUUUACUCGAACACUGCCCUUCUAUACUAGAGAAAAAAAAAAAAAACAGACGAAAUAUCAUUUUCGCCCGCGAUUCUUUUUCAACGCUUUUCCAUUCGAUCCGAUCGAAUCGACUAUUCUUCCGUUCAAAGGAAGAACGAUGAAAUGAUUACGCAUCGUAGGCAGGAUGACGAAAAGAGGGGUGUGAGAGGGAGAACGGUGCAGGAGGAAGUUGAACGAAGAUACGUGCGUACACAGGCUUCUUGUACAUUAUCCAGGGUACGCGUAAACGAAUAGCUUCGCGACCUACUCAACAUGUGAUAGUCGAUGGCAAGGCAUACUAUAUGUGCACACCUUUGUCCUUUACCCGCGAUCCAUCUAUCGUCGUCAAAAGAUACGUGUAAUUUCCUUUUUUUUUGUAGCAAUAAAGUGGAAUUCGAAUACAAA